AUGUCAUGCUUGGCAGAAUAUGCAAUGCCCUUGCAUGUCCUACUGUCUGAGCUGAGGAACCAGUAUAAAAGAUCAUCAGAGUCUUCAAUCCUGUGUCCUACACGCGCCAACCAAUCCAAUGCUAGUAAGAAGGAGAAAGUCUUACUCAAUUUACAAAUCUACAAUGAAAAAGUGAAAGAUAAAAAUGGAAACAGAGCUAUGAAGUCCAUGUAUUCUACAGACCACUCAGCAGAUUCUAUUAAAGAAGGGAGAACGGAUCAUCCACUGGUAAAUGAUUUUACUGCAAAAGAAAACGAGUCAGUCAGAGAUAACCAAGCAAGAUCACCUCGUCCAGUAAAGCAGAACAUCUUACUCCCCUUGCACUUUGAGGAUGUAUUGAAAAAUCCCACCAUCAAGAUAAUUGACCUUGGUCCAACAGAGACCGUGCUUUAUACCAGGAAAGAAAGUCAUACAAAUCCGAUAAUUUUCCAUGACAAAGCGUAUAUAAUGAAGCUGUUCCUGACGAAAAGGUUCACUCCCUAUGUUAUGGCGUACACAACAAAGAAUGUUGUUCUAGAAAAAAACUGUGAAAUGUUUAAAGCUAUGUUUGAAGAGAAACCCAGUGCUGUUUCUAAGCCUCAAAGAACUAAGGCUGUAGCACAUUACAAAGAUCUGCACGUCUUCUCUACGGAACGGGUGCACAAGAGUAUAAAGGAGAAACGAAAGAAGAAGCACGAUAGUCUGGCUUCCAAAAAGAGACCUCCGGACACAUUUUAUAAUUUAUCCCGAACCUUUUCUAUCUUAACCAAAAAAAUUGUGGGUUCCUUUGAUAAAGUUGCUCUUGAAGAAAAGAGCGCUAAGACAGGUGGAUUUCAAAGACAGUUUUCCAAAGUAAGACCACCACGCACACGCAAAUUCACUACCUUACCUAUUAAGUAUGACUCAAAGCCUCUGGAGAAUAUGCUUGAAAUACGUAAACUAAACAACAUAAGCCCACUGGACGACCUGCUAAGCUAG